UGUCACGCCGAGAGCGCUGAGCACCACAGAAUUUCUAACAACAAUGGCUCUGCUGUCUGUGGCUGCUGGACCGCUUCGGAACCGUGUGCGGGCUCUUCACGCGUGCAGCCGAACAUGCAGCAUCUGGUCAGGUUUUCGAAGAGGCAAUGCUGUUGCCGUGAUGCCGCUGCUUUUAAGGAAACAUGGAGGUUUUUAUCAACACAGUCUUCCGUUUGUUCGACUAUUAAGUGCCAACAAACCGCCGAGAGGUUUUGAAAAGUAUUUUCCAAAAGCAGAAGGGACAGCUAACGAAAACAAGUCGGCUGAUGGUGGAAAUCCCAAAGAUCAGGAUUCUUUUAGACGGGAAGAAGAUGAAGACAAGGGGGAGGAGGGACAUAGAAGAGGAAAGAGAGGGCAGUCGCAGUGGUGGGCCUGGAUUCAGGAUAACUUCCCCUUGGAUGAGAAAACCACUCGUAACCUGGCCGUCGGCGCCGCCGGCAUGGGUUUUGCUUUUUUGUAUUUUAACUUAAAAGAAACCGGAGUCCAGAUUUCCUGGUCGGACUUUGUGAAUCGUUACUUGAGCACCGGAGUGGUGGAUCAUCUUGAAGUGAUCAAUCAGCAGUAUGUCAAAGUUUUUCCUGUGGAUGGAGUGAACACGGCAGACGCAAACUAUUUGUGGUUCAAUAUUGGAAGUGUAAAUUCUUUCGAGCGAAAUCUGGAUUUGGCUCAACAUGACCUUGGUCUGGAAACCAGCCAAAAGGUGCCCGUCUACUACAGCAGCAAAACAGAGGCGACCCAGCUGUUGACGGUUCUCCCCAUCUUUGUCCUGGUGGGCUUCCUUCUUCUGGCCAGAAGAGGGGCAACAGCCACCAGCAGGGGGCGAGGGAACCCUUUCAGCAUGACUGAAUCAAAAGCUAGACUACUGAAAGAAAACAUCAACGUGAGGUUCAAAGAUGUUGCGGGUUGUGAGGAAGCCAAGCAGGAGAUUCUGGAGCUGGUGAACUUCCUAAAAAACCCUCAGCAAUACCAAACACUCGGGGCCAAGAUUCCAAAGGGCGCCGUGCUCUCUGGUCCACCUGGCACUGGGAAGACCCUGCUAGCGAAGGCCACUGCUGGAGAAGCCAAUGUGCCUUUUAUCACUGUCAGUGGCUCAGAGUUCCAGGAAAUGUUCGUUGGUGUCGGCGCUGCCAGGGUCAGGGACAUGUUCGCAAUGGCUCGGCGGAACGCUCCGUGCAUCCUCUUCAUCGAUGAGAUCGACGCCAUAGGAAGGAAGCGAGGGCAGGGAAACUUCGGGAGCCAGAGUGAACAAGAGAACACGCUCAACCAACUGCUGGUGGAAAUGGAUGGGUUCAACAGCUGCACCAAUGUGGUUGUUUUGGCCGGCACCAAUCGAGCGGAUGUCCUGGACCCUGCUCUGAUGAGACCCGGCCGUUUUGAUCGCCACAUAAACAUCGCCCCCCCGGACAUCAAAGGCAGAGCGUCCAUCUUCAAGGUGCAUUUGAAACCACUGAAGCUGGACUCCAGUAUAAACAUCGACGCUUUAGCUCGGAAGAUGGCGUCGCUGACUCCAGGUUUCACUGGCGCUGAUAUUGCCAACGUGUGCAACGAAGCAGCUUUGAUAGCAGCACGACACUUGAACCGGCACGUCAAGGAGGUGCACUUUGAACAGGCCGUCGACAGAGUUAUUGGAGGUUUGGAGAAAAAAACUCGAGUGCUGCAACUUCCAGAGCGGACGACUGUGGCGUACCACGAGGCAGGACAUGCUGUCGCCGGCUGGUUCUUAGAACAUGCCGAUCCGCUGCUGAAGGUGUCCAUCGUUCCCAGAGGCAAAGGUUUGGGUUACGCUCAGUAUCUGCCCAAGGAGCAGUUCCUCUUCUCCCAGGAGCAGCUGUUCGACAGAAUGUGCAUGAUGCUCGGAGGUCGUGUGGCCGAGCAGGUUUUCUUCCGCCAAGUCACCACAGGUGCUCAGGACGACCUCAGGAAGGUCACCCAGUCGGCCUAUGCUCAGGUGGUCCAGUUUGGCUUCGGUAAAGCCUUGGGUCAGAUGUCCUUUGAUCUCCCUGAUAACAUGAUGACGGAGAAGCCCUUCAGUGAACCCACGUCUCGCCUCAUAGACCAGGAGGUCCGGCACCUUAUUGACGCUGCCUUUAAAAGAACACUGCAGCUCAUCACUGAGAAGAGAGAGAUGGUGGAGCGGGUGGCGAAACGUCUGCUGGAACGAGAGGUUCUUAGCAAAGCAGAUAUGGUGGAACUGCUGGGGCCCCGUCCUUUCUGUGAAAAGUCCUCGUAUGAAGAGUUUGUGGAAGGACUGGGUGAACUCGACGAGGACUCUUCUCUGCCUGAAGGUUUGAAGAACUGGAACGGGACUGGUGAAAAUCUGCCGCAGGAUCGGCAGAGGAACAAGUCUGCUGUUUACUUGUAGAGCAGUCGACGAUACUUUCUCUCAGGAUUAUGAUGAAAGUGCAAUUUAGUAUUUCAUUCCGUGUCUUUGUCUCAUCAGACGAAGAGAUGGUGGAAGGUACAUGGGUCUUUUUUAGACCCUCAUUGUGUCAGUCUGCAUUAUCGUAAAUUCCACAGACACAAUACAAGUUAACUAAAAGUGGAUAAGCUUUGGUGUUUAUGAAGGCUGUGUGUUACUGCGUGACCAGCCCCACGUGCCUUCAGACCACAUGUGUGGUCAGUCAGGUGCUUGAAUCAUAUGCUAAGGUGAUGUGCUCAACACUGCUACGUUUUUAUUCUCUAUGACCUCUUCAAAAUAUCUAUUUGUUUUCAGCAACAAUGACCCGUAUUACUGUUUUGAAGGGGUCUGUUUUUCAUCAUCAUUAACACUUAGUUUCACAGAUCUUCCUGCUGAGCACCAACAACAGCUGGAGAGUUUUUCCUCUUGUUUUUAGAUGAAAUUUUUUCUCCUCUGAAUGUAGCAAUAUUCAUAUUUUAGAUGUAUUUAAGUCUUUGCUCGCAUAAUACUUGAACUUGUGAAAACCAAAGUUUCUGAGUUAGAAAACAUUCUCUUGUAUUAUUUUGUAAUACUAAAUGAAAAGGUGUUUUAUGUGAUGAUGUUUCAUGGAGCUAA